AAAUGUAUAUGAUCGGGAAAAAUUAUCGGGAAUGAUUGGAAUUGAAUCAGGAGCAAAAAAAAGCAAUCGGAUCGGGAAAUAUCGGGAUCGGCAGAUACUCAAACUAAAACGAUCGGAAUCGGAUCGGGAGCAAAAAAACAUGAUCGGAACAACUCUACCAAAAACACAUCGAAACAAGUCAUUGACAAUAGUCAACAAGGCUCGCGCUAGCCAUGUUGAAUAAACGUCUCCAUUCUCCACUCACGCUAAUUACUUGUCGCUUUAACAACGUCACGUCUGCCCGACGCUGAUUGGUCCACUCCGCUGUCUGUUUGCUGUGGCUUGCUCCGCUCUCGGAAUUUGAACCGCCGGACGGUCGGCAGACUCAAUCUCUGGAACAGCGGUGAGUCUGGUAUACCAGGCAAGUCAUACCUUGAGUUCAGUUCUGUUAAAAGGAACCACAGACAGAAAGACUUGUAGUUCUUAACAGAUAAAAUGUUAGUAUGAGUUCUGGGCAGCGCUGCUGUGCUUCCACAGUGUCACUCGUAAGCUACAUAAACAUGUCGUCGGUUCUGCCCUUCCAAUUUGAACCCGAGCAGGACAGUACUGUUGAUAUUUCACAAAACGAACAGCAAAAGCAAUUAAUUGAAGGUAUCCAGCGGGAUUCGAAAUCGCUUUUCACAUGCGACAGACGAGCGCGUAGACCACAGGACUAUACUUCAGCGUGAUGUGAGAGUCAUGAUUUUCCAUAUCAAGCAAUCGCAACCCAGAUGCGUUGUCUGUCUGUGUGAUAAAACCCGAAAGGGAAAUAAAACUGAAAAGAAAGUGCGACGGGCUUGAGAGCAGAAUUAGACUGCAACCAGACAACAAUAACACAGGGAUUGUGUGCAAGGGUUUAUUGACCACACAAAAAGGGAAAAGGGAGACACAAAAAGGGCCUGUGACAGUGGGUCGAGUUCAAUAAAAAAUAUUUUUUUAAAAAACAGAGGGAAAAUUGUGGUGAGAGGCAGACAAACGAAAAAAACAAGGCAAUGAUGCAAUUAGCAACGAAGAGAUAUACAAACUGUCAAAUGGAAAAUGUCUCGGCAAGACGCCUAGGAUCGGUUUAAAGACACUGCUAAUGAGCUGGAGGAAUUAGAUGCAGGUACAACAUUGGAAACUCAGCUCUGUAACAAAACAAUCUGACCAACAGCAGAAUGUGACAGAAUCAUGCUAGUCGUCAUACUAGCUUCGCUUGCUAGCUAGCACAGCUACUCUCCCAGCGCGUCAUCACCCCCAGCGCGCAUUUCGCAUGUAAAGCAUGGCGCCCUCUGUAGGUCAAAAAAUGUACUAUAUAUUGUAGAUUUUUAAAUCAAUGGCAAUAAUACCGUAUUGGCCCGAAUAUAAGACGGCCCUGAUUAUAAGCUGACCCCCUCUUUUUCAAGACUCAAGUUUGAAAAAAGACUUUUUGAACACCAAAUUAAUUUUUAUACAGAAAAUAAUUACGGUACAUCCGAAACAAAUGAUUAUAACAAUAUAUUUGAGAGAAAAAGCAUGUUAUUUUGCCUCAUUCAAAUCUUAAUAUCUGAACAUUUAAAUAUGUAAACUAAAGUGCAAUCACAUUUGUAAAUGAAUGGCUUCUGGUUUUUGAAAUGUAAAUAAACCAAUCUAUAGUGAUGAAACAACAAAAUUGCAAUAACUGCAUUAACCAUCAAAGUGAAGUCUAACUGUAACUGUAGUCUUGAAACAAAUCUGAGUAAGGAAAAACAUUGCAAUAAAAUAAUGCGAACUGGUUAAACUUGAGAGUAGCUGAGAUCUGUCAUGACAGAACAUUCCUUCAAUGAUAUCUGGCGCCAUCUAGCGUCGUGAAUGGGUAUAAUGUCUAGACCGCGAAUAUAAGACGACCCCCACUUUUUCAGUCUUAUUUCAAUGCAAAAAACACCGUCUUAUAUCCGGGCCAAUACAGUAUAUGUGUUUCUAAUAAAAUAUUUUAGUAAAAGAGAACAAUUGUGGCUUAUUAGAGCCUACAAGUCUUUAAGUCCGAGAUUCCCUUUUAGUUUGUGGCCAAGUGUGUGUGUGUGGUCAUUGGGAUUACCCAUUGAGUUCACCUGUUGUGGCCCGCUCGUUGUAUAUCCACCAAUCAGCCACCUCUUGUAUCACCCACCUGUGCUUCAUUUUCUCGUUACACCUUGUCUGUUUAUUAUUUUCCCAGUUUUCUGUUCCCUCCUUGUUGCAUUGUCGAUGUCUAUCCAAGCAUCUGAUCUCGUCAUCAUUCUUGCCCUUGUUGGUCCUGGAUGCCUGCGACAAAUGUUGUGUGGCUGAAAAGGCAGCGCACGCCACCUAGGCUCUUUGCCUAGUUGACGCUUGAAGAAUUGACUGGGGCCGUGCUGGAUGGAGGCCAAGACACUGGAUGGCGAAGACGAGGAAGCCCACAUUCUCGGGAAUCGCUUGUGAUGUCUCUUGUCUUUCUGUCACGUUUGGAAGGAUGGCCAAAAGAAUCCGAAUAGACACUCAAGGCUAGAGAAACACUGCAAAAAUUGCUUUUUUUUGCCUUUAAGAGCCUCCAGUAGACACUAAGCUAUUCUAUCUCCCUCUUGUUGUUUUGGAUGCAUAUGCAUUAGUUGCUUGACUCUAAGCAUCAUGGCCAGGUGUCACAACAAAGCCUCUUGGUUAUUGUUUUUAGUUCAUUUGGUGCUAACAGGAAGAGCGUUGGAAUAUGAAGGCAUUCCAGGUCAGUGGACACGUUACGGACAAUGGGACGCCAAGACGACGGCUGAGCUCAGCUUCAUCCUGAAGACAAACAUCAGCAAAGCUCUGGUGCUCUACUUAGACGACGGCGGAGACUGCGACUUUCUGGAGCUGCUCGUAUCCGACGGGAGACUCCAGUUACGCUUCGCCAUCCACUGCGCCGAGCCGGCUUCACUACACACGGAGACUCGGAUCGAUGACCUCCGCUGGCACCGAGUCGUACUCUCGCGGAACUACCGGGAGACCAAGCUGCUUGUGGACAAUGAAGAGAAGGCGGCCGAAGUCAAGUCUAAGAGGAAAGAGAUGGUGGUGGCCAGCGACCUCUACGUGGGCGGGAUCUCGCCCGACGUGCGUCUCUCCGCUCUGACGUCCAGCACCGCCAAGUACGAGCCACCGUUCCGUGGCCUCAUCGCCAAUCUGAAAGUGGGCGAAGCUCUGCCGGUGCUCUUGGACGGCCAAUCGGUCCACAGCGACAUGGACUACAUCUGUUCCACGCACUCACCCUGUAAUAACGGAGGCCUGUGUUCCGUCAGCCAGGGGGAGGUCCUUUGUAACUGCAUCAACACCAGCUACGUGGGAAGCUACUGCCACGACGCAGGUGUCCAAAAAGAAGUAGAAGGUCUGGCGCACCUGAUGUUAAAUCGCCAAGUCUUAAGCCAAGGCCAGGGGGAGUCAAUGGCGACAUUUAAAGGCAACGAGUACUUCAGCUACAACCUGUCGCAGACGCCCAUUCAGAGCAGCUUGGAUGAAAUCACGCUGUCCUUCCGCACGCUGCAAAGGAACGGCCUGCUGCUUCAUACGGGCAAAUCGGGAGAUUACGUCAACCUGUCUUUGAGAGACGGAGCUCUGUGGCUUGUCAUUAACUUGGGCUCCGGUGCGUUCGAGGCCCUCGUGGAACCGGCCAGCGGAAAGUUCAACGACGACAUCUGGCACGAUGUUCGAGUGACGCGCAAUCUCCGCCAGGUGACCGUUUUGGUCGAUGGGAUACUGACCACCACAGGCUACACCCAAGAGGACUACACCAUGCUGGGCUCUGAUGACCUUUUCUACAUCGGAGGCAGUGUAGACACGGCUGACCUACCGGGUUCGCCAGUCAGCAACAACUUCAUGGGCUGCCUUAAAGACGUGGUCUACAAGAAUAAUGAAUUCCGACUGGAGCUGUCACGGCUGGCUGAGCAGCGGGACCCGAAAAUAAGUAUCCAUGGUGACUUGACGUUCAGCUGCGAGAGCGUGGAGGCCCUGGAGCCGGUCACCUUUGACACGCCGGCCGCCUACUUGACAUUGCCCAGGUGGAACACAAAGAAGACAGGCACCAUAUCGCUGGACUUUCGCACCACGGAGCCCAGCGGCUUGCUGCUGUUCAGCCACGGCAGCCUGCUGGGGGCCCUGCCUGAGAGCAAGCUCCGGGCUGACUUCUUUGCCAUCGAGCUGCUGGAUGGAUUCCUCUACCUGGUCAUGGAUAUGGGCUCCGGCAGCAUCAAAAUAAAAGCCAGCGAUAAGAGGCUUGAUGACGGCCAGUGGUGCCACGUGGACUUUCAGAGGAAAGGGCGCAGUGGCUUUAUUUCGGUGAACGGCAAGAGCGUCCCGUUUUCCGCUAACGAGGGCAGCGAGAUCCUCGACCUGGACGGGGAUAUGUAUCUCGGGGGUCUUCCUGACGAACGCCAAGGUCUCAUGCUCCCCCCGGAGGUGUGGAGCGCCUCUCUAGGCCUGGGCUACGUGGGCUGCGUGCGGGACCUCUUCAUUGACGGCCAGAGCCGCAACCUGUGGCGGCUGAGCGAGAUUCAGGGCACCGCGGGCGUCAGCAGCUUGUGCACCAGAGAGACUCACGUCAGGUGCGGCCGAGACACGUGUGCCAACGGGGGGCACUGCAAGGAGGGCUGGAAUCGACACAUAUGUGACUGUAGUUCAACCGGCUACCUGGGGCCCAACUGUGAGAAAGAUGCCACAGUGGUGAGCUACGACGGCAGCAUGUACCUGAAGGUCAUGCUUCAGAGGACACUGCACACGGAGGCCGAGGAUGUGUCCCUGCGUUUUAUGUCCCAGAGGGCCUUUGGGCUGCUGGUGGCCACCACGUCUCAGCAGUCAGCGGACACCCUGCGCGUGGAGCUGGACGCGGGCCGAGUCAAGCUGACGGUCAACUUGGAUUGUAUCAGGAUAGACUGUAAUCUCAGCAAAGGACCCGAAGUACUCCUGCUGGGUGACAAGCUGAAUGACAAUGAGUGGCACGCCGUUAAGGUGGCUCGGCGGGGAAAACAUUUGCAGCUCUCUGUGGACAAUGUCACCGCCGAAGGCUUCAUGAGCGGUGCUCACACCCGCUUGGAGUUCAACAACAUCGAGACAGGCAUCAUGACAGAGCGCCGAUUCACUUCGGUCAUUCCUUCCAACUUCAUCGGCCACCUGCAGGCCCUCUCUUUCAACGGCAUGCUAUACCUGGACCAGUGCAAGAACGGAGACAUCUCCUACUGCGAGCUGAACGCACGCUUCGGCAUGAGGCACAUCGUGGCCAAUCCUGUGACCUUCAUGACCCAGGCCAGCUAUUUGGCCUUCUCCACCUUGCAAGCCUACGCCUCCAUGCACCUGUUCUUCCAGUUCAAGACCACCAGUCCUGACGGCCUCAUACUGUACAAUUCUGGAGAUGGGAGUGACUUCAUUGUGGUGGAACUGGUUAAAGGGUUCAUACAUUACGUCUUUGACCUGGGAAAUGGCCCAUCGCUGAUGAAGGGAAACUCAGAGAAGCCUCUCAACGACAACCGAUGGCACAACGUGGUCAUCUCCCGUGACAACGAUAACGUGCACACGCUUAAGAUUGAUGUUCGCACCGUCACCCAGCACGCCAACGGAGCACGCAACCUGGAUUUGAAAGGGGAGCUGUACAUUGGAGGUGUCGGGAAGAGCAUGUACAGCAGCCUCCCUCGACUGAUCGCAUCCCGGGAAGGUUACAAGGGCUGCUUGGCAUCCGUGGAUUUGAACGGAAGACUCCCCGAUCUGCUAGUAGACGCCCUUCAGAAAGUGGGCGAGGUGGAUCACGGCUGCGGAGGUCCCAGCACCACUUGCACAGAGGACUCGUGCCACCAUCAAGGAGUGUGUCUGCAACUAUGGGAAGGCUUUUCAUGUGACUGCAGCAUGACAACAUACGGAGGCCCCUUCUGCAGUGACCCUGGAACCACAUACAUCUUCGGGAAAGGAGGCGCUCUCAUCACGUUCACAUGGGCCCCUAACGAGCGGCCCAGCACCCGGGCCGACCGACUCGCCGUGGGCUUCAGUAGCUUGCAAAAGGACGCCAUUUUGGUGCGGGUGGAGAGCACCCACGGGCUCGGAGACUAUCUUCAACUGCACAUAGAUCAAGGCAAAAUCGGCGUCAUAUUCAACGUGGGGACGGACGACAUCACCAUUGAUGAGCCCGCUGUCAUGGUAAAUGACGGCAAGUACCACGUUGUACGCUUCACACGCAGCGGUGGCAAUGCCACUCUCCAGGUGGACAACUAUCCAGUCAUUGAGCGCUACCCUCCAGGACACUAUGAUAAUGAGCGACUGGCUAUUGCUAGGCAAAGAAUCCCGUACAGACUCGGUCGGGUAGUUGACGAGUGGCUACUCGAUAAAGGGAGACAGCUGACCAUCUUUAACAGCCAGGCCGCCAUUAAAAUCGGCGGCCAGGACAAGGCUCGGCCUUUCCAGGGUCAGAUCUCUGGCCUCUACUACAACGGGCUGCAGGUGCUCAAAUUAGCGGCAGAGAACGACCCCAGCGUGCAGGUGGAAGGAAACCUCCGCCUGGUAGGCGAUGCGCUCUCCGUGCUGACUACAGACACGACCUCCGCCACCCCGCUGGCAGUGUCCGAUAUGUCCACCACCAUCAUGGAAACCACAACGACGAUGGCGACCACCACUACCCGAAGGCAGCGUUCGCCCAGCCUGAGGGACAGCAUCUCUAAGCCGCAGAACUCCGAUGAUAUUCUGGUGGCGUCGGCGGAGUGUCCGAGUGAUGAUGAAGAUCUGGAAGAGUGUGAGCCGGGAACAGGAGGUGAAUUAGUGUUGCCUAUUAUAACAGUGGAUUCCCUUGAGCCCCCAUCCAUCGCCACCCGUUACCCCGUCAUCCCUCCUCCCCCUACCCUCCUGUCCCCUUUCGAAACCACCAAAGAGUCUGUGAUAGUCCCCCCUCAUCCUUCCUGUCCCCCAGACCAGGAGGACUGUGGUGACGCCGUGGAGGUCUCGGCCUUCGGCUCCGGGGAGAUGACGGAAUCGGAUGACGAGGACUUUUACAAUAAUAACAACUCCCCGUUGGUCACUGACAGGACAGUCCUUCCGCCGCCUCCCGCCGGUGAGGGCGGAGUCCAGAAACCCCGCCCCUUACCCCCUUAUGUUCCCACCACCAACCCCAACCAGCUCCACAUCCCCGCAGGCAAAAUGAACACCCGAGACCAGGUGCUUCUGCCCCCUGCUCCCCCAUCCUCCCGAAACACUCCAGGACUAACUUACCCCCCCAAUUUUCCCCAUGUGCCCACAGCCGACCCCACCGCCUCCGACGAAAAGAUCCAACCGGGCGCCGUGGAGGUGAUCAGGGAGUCCAGUAGCACCACGGGGAUGGUGGUUGGUAUCGUGGCUGCUGCUGCUCUCUGCAUUCUAAUCCUCCUCUAUGCCAUGUACAAGUACCGCAACCGGGACGAGGGCUCCUACCAGACAGACCAGGGCCACAAUUUUGCCAACAAUUUCGCCGUGGAAGGCAACGGAGCGGUGGUCAAAGACAAAAGCACAGCGACGGCCUCCGUGGCCAAGGCAAUCACAAAAGGCAAAAAGAACAAGGACAAAGAAUAUUACGUAUGAGUAGGCGGGCCGGGACUGAGAGGAUGUGAGGGUGCUCCACUUUCCAAUCACCGUCAUUUGGUUUUCUUUUUCUCCGAUUGGACGUCAGACAUUUCACAGGUAAUUAAAGGCAACUGUCAAACGCAGACUUAAUACUAACUUACUCACAGUUGCACAGCUCCCAUAACGCUGUCGUCCGUCACCCACUUCUCGUAAGUGCUUCUUUUUAUGUUAACAACUGAGGAAGAGUCAUAUCCAGUGUUGCUUUGUACAUAGCACGGAUAUGAUGCAGCGAAAGGAACCGAGGUCGAGUUCCCUCAGUGUUUACUUUGUAACCUGUCUCAAGUGUCGACGUCUGACCUACUGAUCGAGUGGCUUUAGAACGUCAACACAACCUUGUAUUUGUCAUGUAAACUGUGAACCUGUGCGGUUUAAUUCCAAUGACCCCAAAAAAAUCUAUUACCCUAAUUUUCCUACCAUAAGGCACACCUGACACCAAAUUUGGCACGAAAAUGGCAUUUGUUCAUAGAUAAGCUGCACUGGACUACAGGCCGCAGCUGUCCUCACUAUAUCGUGGGAUAUUUACACCAAAAGAUAUUAACCGGUAAAACUUUAUUUGACAGCGCCAUCAUACGACUGUCAAAAGACCAAAUGAAGCACCAUGAAGCUUUGAACCAAUUGGCUGCAAAGCUUCAAGAAGCUUCAUUUGGCCAUCACUGCUCCCUUGGGGGAGACAGUCAACCUCUGCUGCCAUCUGUUGUCAACACUGUUGUCAUCCAACAUGCCUCUUAGCAUGCAUUGCAGCGCUACAGAUGUAAAUAACAAUCAAAAAUCAUUUUCUGUGCUAAAUAUUUCUUCUUUAUGGGUGAAACAUGGUAAUAUAACAAUGGUCACGAUGCAGAAAUUGCAGACAUCAAGGAGUGGUCGAGAUUUUCUUUUUCAUAUAUUUACCUUUUUAAACGUUUUUUUUUUUUUUUUCUCUCUGGAUCAAUUAUUUAUCAUCUAAGAUUUCGGAAAAAAAUGUGACAGAAACAGAUAAAAUACAGUUAAGCGAUAGUUAUGAGAUAAAUAUCCCUGACGUUUUUUACAGACGCCAUUUUUUUUCAUUGUGACAUAAUUUGUUUAAAAGUUUAAAAUAUGCGAGUGAAUAAUUUUUUAGUCGUUUUUUUUUUUUUUUUUUUUUUUUUUUUUUAUGAACUAUUAGACAUCAAUUAAUGAUUCUAAGCUAAAAAUGACAGACAUUUUGAAUAAUAAAUAUAAUUAUCUUCUUUUUAUGGCUGGGUUGAAACAAAAGCGGUUGUGCGACGUCUGUAAACGGGGGUUUUCAGGGUAAAACGGACAAAUUAAAAAUAGUUCGGGGGCUUAAUACGCCAUGAAUCUGCGAUGGCAGCAUAUAGACAUGUUCUAUCAAAGACAACAGUUGUUUUGGCUUAAAAUACAGCAGUUUCUUUUAAAGAGGAGUGCAAGAGCAGAAACUGCUUUUUCAGUCUUGUCUGUUUUCCGCCAUAUGCAUAUUUUAAUAAAUGGUUUUUAACCACUUCAAAUGUAAUAAUUAUGAUAAGUUUUAAACAUGUUACUGUCCCACCAAAUUAUUUUUAAACAAGAAUGAAUUAGCAAAAUACUUGUCUUUAUUCAAUGCUUCAUUGAGUGAGUGCACUCAAAUCCAUUCACGUUGCUGAGAGCAUUUACACUCAUAAUGAGUUGCCACAGCAAUCUACCGCUAGUGUAGUUAGUGCUUAACAAGCUAAACAAUUCGGUGCCUUUGAAGGUGACGCUCCCAAGCUUCUCUGGCAAGAUCAAAGCUUACCGCCUGUCAAUCAUCGUUAAAUUUAACAAGUAACUCCAGUGCACUGCCUGCCCAAGAAAAGCAGCAGGAUGGGGAGUGAAAGACUGUACGUUAUCGGAUCGCGACGUCUCUAUAAAAUGCUGUAUUUAUUUCUUUUUUAAAUUGAAAAAAAAUCCACCAUGGACUGAGGACGCGAAGUAGUGAGGGAUCACUGUACUGCAAAAAUCCAUUUGGAAAAAAUCAUUCAGCACGAGAAAACUGAUUACAAACAUAUUUCACGAGAGCCUUGGAACAGUGUGCUCGAGGAUUGGAAUAUUACAUGUGCCUUUAAAUUUUCCAUUCUUUAUUUCAAGCAUUGAAAUCAAGUCUCAAUGGAUCAAAAACACUUUCCUCAUCUGUUGAGGACCUUCUUUUGUUGAUUUGGAUCUAUGCUUGGGGUCAUUAUCAUGCUGAAAAAGGUUAGAUUUCUCUUCAGCGUCAACCCUGGAACAGUACACGUGGCCCUCAACCUUGUUGAAACCUCCAGUUCCAGCGAAAGAAAAGCAACCCCAAAUGUAUUAAAACAUGCGUCAGCGUGCUUUUCAUUUCACGGUGCACACACCUAAACAACCUGCUUCUAUUUUUCCUUAAUGAAUUUGUAGUGGGGGGAAAAGCCAAAACACUAUACAGUGCUUACAGUAACGUAAAGUAUUUGAACACCCUGCAAUUUGGAAGUUCUCCCACCUAGAAAUGAUGGGCAGGCUUGAUAUUUUCAUAGUUGGUGCUUGUCCACUGUGAGAGACGAUCCCAAAAAAUCCAGAAAUCACAGUGUAUGGUUUUUUUAAUCAAUUUAUUUGUAUUAUACUGCAGAAAAUAAGUAUUUGAACACCUGAGAAAAUCAUUUGGUACAUAUUUGGUACAGCCUUUGAUUACUAUUACAGAGGUCAAACGUUUCCUGUAACUUUUCACGUGGUUUGAACACACUACAGCAAGGAUUUUGCAGCACAGCUCCUCACAGGUCUUCUCUAGAUCAAUCAGGUUUCUGGGCUGUCACUGAGAUACACGGAGUUUGAGCUUCCUCCAAAGAUUUUCAAUUGGGAUUAGGUCUGGAGACUGGCUGGGCCAUUCCAGAACCUUGACAUGCUUUUUACCAAGCCACUCUUUGGUUAUUCUGGCUGUCUGCUUUGGGCCAUUGUCAUGUUGGAAGACCUAGUCACGACCAAUUUUCAAUGCUCUAACUGAGGGAAGGAGGUUAUUCCCCAAAAUCUAACAUUACAUGGCCCUGGGGAUCCCCAAAAUCUAACAUUACAUGGCCCUGGUGAUCCUCUCCUUAAUACCGUGCAGUUGUGUAGGCCCACAUGCAGAAAAACACCUCCAAAUCAUGAUGCUACCACCCCCAUGCUUCACAGUAGGGAUGGUGUUCUUGGGAUGGUACUCAUCAUCAUUCUUCCUACAGACACCAUGAGUGGAAUUAAGACCAAAAAGUUGGCUGGCUGUCUGCUUUGGGCCAUUGUCAUGUUGGAAGACCCAGUCACGACCAAUUUUCAAUGCUCUAACUGAGGGAAGGAGGUUAUUCCCCAAAAUCUAACGUUACAUGGCCCUGAGGAUCCCCAAAAUCUAACAUUACAUGGCCCUGGUGAUCCUCUCCUUAAUACAGUGCAGUCGUGUAGGCCCACAUGCAGAAAAAACCCUCCAAAUCAUGAUGCCCUGCUUCACAGUAGGGAUGGUGUUCUUGGGAGGGUACUCAUCAUCAUUCUUCCUACAAACACCAUGAGUGGAAUUAAUACCAAAAAGUUGGCUGGCUGUCUGCUUCGGGCCAUUGUCAUGUUGGAAGACUCAGUCACGACCAAUUGUCAAUGCUCUAAGGCAGGGGUCCCCAAACUAACAAAAAAUAAAAUUUGAAAAAAAAAUUUGGGGAAAAAAAAAAAAAACCUAGUGAAAAGUUACAGGAAACGUUUGUCCUCUGUAAUUGUAAUCAAAGGCAAAUAUUGACAUUUAUUUUCUCAGGUAGUCAAAUACUUAUUUGCAGCAGUAUAAUACAAAUAAAAUGAUUUUUAAAAAUCAUACACUGUGAUUUCUGGAUAUUUUUUUAUCUUGUCUCACAGUGGACAAGCACCAAUUAUAAAAAAUUUCAAAUUUUAUUUAUUUAUUUUUUUUCCAAUAGUAUUAUUUAUUUCCUGGCUUUUUUCUGUGACGAACCCAGAGAGGGUUAUUUGGUUAUUAUUUAUUUAAUUAUUAGUGUUAUAUUAUAUUAUUAUUUUAUUUACUUUUGUUCCGUGAAGAAUCCAGAAAAGGUUAUUUGAUUGUGGCUUUCUGAAAAACAAUAGAUCUUUACAUUUUGGCACUCUUGCAAUCGUCACACCUUUUCUGUGGCCCUCACAGGAAAAAGUUUGGGGACCCCUGCUCUAAGGGAAGAAGGUUAUUCCCUAAAUCUCACAAUACAUGGCCCUGGUGAUUCUCUCCUUAAUACAGUGCAGUCGUCUAGUCCAGGGGUCCCCAUCUGCCCGGCCGCCCGUUAACACGAUAAUUUUGACAGCCCUAAUAUAAACACAUAAUAAAAUAAAUAAUAGCCCAUUUAAAUAAAAUUGAAAUGAGCUAAAACAGCUGUAAUUAAAUAAUAAGAAUAAUACACAGAACCUGCUUACACAAUUAAAUCUAUUAAUUUCUGUGUGGCGCUUUAACUUGAGAAAAUCCACCAAUAAAGCUUUUGAAAACCGUUCAUAAGAAAAAGAUUCAUUGAGGCAUUUCAUUUGUAAAAUACAUGUGAAAAUCUUUGUGAUUGGAAUUGCUUUUCUCUUUAGCACAGGGCUUCUUUUUUCUUCUUUCUUUCAGAAAGAAAGCUGACCAAUACGCGGGGUCUGAAAGGCAAAUUGUGGUGUGUGUUAUUAUCUUUAAAUUCCCCGCUACUUUUUAAGCAGAAUUCUAGCUUUGUAUAGGCUAAUGUUCCUAUUGUUGAAAGCACAAAAGUGUGUAAUAAACAACUAGCACAUUUAUAUUUCGCAUUUUGUUUUCUUACUGUACCGAAAAUGACCUCAAAACCGAGGUACGAACCGAACCGAGAUUUUUGUGUACCAUUACACCUAGGGUUGUUCCGAUCAUGUUUUUUUUGCUCCCGAUCCAAUCCCGAUCGUUUUAGUUUGAGUAUCUGCCGAUCCCGAUAUUUCCCGAUCCGAUUGCUUUUUUUUGCUCCCGAUUCAAUUCCAAUCAUUCCCGAUAAUUUUUCCCGAUCAUAUACAUUUUGGCAAUGCAUUAAGAAAAAAAUGAAUAAAACUCGGACGAAUAUAACAUUCAACAUACAGUACAUAAGUACUGUAUUUAUUUAUUAUGAUAAAUCCUCAAGAUGGCAUUUACAUUAUUAACAUUCUUUCUGUGAGAGGGAUCCACGGAUAGAAAGACUUGUAAUUCUUAAAGGAUGAAUGUGACUUUGUAUAUUGUGACUAAAUAUUGCCAUCUAGUGUAUUUGUUGAGCUUUCAGUAAAUGAUACUGUAGCCAUUUAACUGUUCUGCCCAAAUGCAUGAUGGGAAGUGCAACCAUGACUGUGCGUAGUGGCACCAAUUGAUAUAUCUUCUCUGCGUUGGGAAAUAACAUAGGGUGUUAGGAAAAAGAUCAACUACUACCUUUCUUCCCCACAUUGCUUCCCACGACAUUUCUAAUUGUGGAGAGAGGGAUUUUAAGGCUUUAGCCAAUUAUAAAAAGGCUCCAAAGACUGCCUAAAUUCACUCUACUCUUUUUACAUUAUCUUUUAGCUCUAUUAGUAAGUAAAACGGCGCCAUUAUAGAUUGAACGCGACAGUGCGUGAGUGGGUCGUGCAGCGCAUGCGUUAAUUGCGUUAAAUAAUUUUACGUGAUUAAUUUAAAAAAUAGUUACCGCUGUUAACGCGAUAAAUUUGAUAGCCCUUCUUUAAGCCAAAACUAAAGACUCUGGAUGAGUGUAAGACAUUUUGUCUGUAACGUUAAAUACAAAUAGAAAAAUAGAAAAAUUUAAAAAUAUAAAUAUAUUUAAAAAGGCAUGUCCGAUAUUUUUUUGCCGAUUCCGAUACUUUGAAAAUGACGUGAUCGGACCCGAUCGCAUCUUUAAUUACACCCCUACUUUUAACAGAAACAAGACCAAACCUAACUACAACGAACCACAUUGGUCAUAAAUUGAAUUAAAUCCCUUGAUACAUACUUUCUCGAACUGUAAUUACAGUAUUUCAUCAAUGUUCCAUACUACACUGGUGUAAGAAAAACGCACAGGUUGGGGUCUUUUUUCAUUUUGAACAAAAAAAUGCAACUCUAGCACGGUUGUGUUCACUUUCUACAGCCACUUUCUUAAAAGCAGAACAGACCGUUGUUGAGUUUUUGUGGCACACGAGCAAAAAAAAAUAAGAGAACGCCUUUCAUUUCUGUAAUACAUUUUCUCAGCCAUAAUGCAUAAUGAGGGUUUGAUGCCCCGCAGCCUGCCCUGCCUCCGUCCGCAAGAGAUGAUCCUCAUGAAAAAUACAGGAUGCUUAAAAAGGGAUAUCACUCAACACAAUCUGGCUGUUGAACACCGCAGUAAGGCAGACGGGAAUCAUUUUUUUUCUGUGUGGUCGGUGUAGCGUUUCAUUCAAAAUAGGAGUAAAUGUGAAAAGUUCAGUCGACACCAAGUGAAGGUAUAUUUGUAAACAUUGCUUGUAUGUAUAUAUAGAGGCUAGCACAUUGUGGAUGCUAAAUUACAGAGAAGAUUUUAGCGUCCGAGAUGCUCGUCGCUCUCCCACCUCCCUCACAGCUUCACGACGAUGACCCAAAAACGCUGAGGCCCAACUUUCGGGCCGAGGAACAAUUUGCUUCUUGAAAAGUGACAAUGGAGCCAGCUCACUGUCCAUCAUGUACCCACCAUUAAAAGAGAAAAAAAAACUGUUAAGGGAUGAUUCUAAAAGCACACAGGAAAUGUAAACAUAUCGUGGAAACAUAGAUAUUCCUUGUAAAGCAGCCAAACAUGUAUUGUUCUUUUUCUAUCAGUGACUUAUUCCAGGAGAUGAAUAAUUGAUGAUGUGUGAAUUGUAUUGAUAUUUCUCUGAUAUUUCGAUGUACCUUGUCACCGCUCCUCUUAACACGUUCCGUUUUAGAUUGCCUUUGACUCGAGACAAAAAGCACACACUCUCCUCUGAUAGCUGCAAACAUCUUGUGUUCCUGCAUUAUUCAUGGCUCAGAUGAAGCUGAGAAAACACAAGGAUGGGACAAACAAAUGUUUUUGUUUCAUUGCAUUGUGCAUUUUAUAUGUGCUGAAUCUGUUACUCAAUGGAUCUAAUAAUAUAAAGCCAUUUCCUCUG